AUCUCCCUCGAAUCUCUGUUUCAGGUUUCAACCCACACACAUACACAAAAGCACAAGCUUUAAAUAUUAUUUAUGAUGGCUGAAGGAGAGAAAAGAAGAGGACUUAGCAAAUCUUGUGCCCUUCUCAUAGUGAUUGCUGGGAUAGAGAGAUAUGCAUUCAAAGGAGUUGCAUCAAACUUAGUGACAUAUUUAACUGAUGUGGUAAAGAUGAGCAAUUCAAGAGCAGCCACGACUGUUAACACCUGGAGUGGCUUCACUUUCAUGUUGCCUCUUUUCUCUGCUCCUUUCGCUGAUUCUUAUUGGGACAGAUUCUUCACCAUCCUUGCUUCUUCUUCUCUCUACUUUGUGGGACUAGUGGGAUUGACAUAUACGGCAUUUGAUGGGUCACGUUCCACUACUAAAACCAUUUCUCUUUACUUCCUCUACACUUCACUAAGCCUCAUCGCUCUCGGCUUAGGCGUCUUAAACCCAUCUCUCCAAGCAUUUGGUGCUGACCAGCUUGACCACGACCUAGACCACUACCACGACCACGACACAUCCUUAGAAGUCAAAUCGAACCGUAAGUCUCAGUUUUUCCAAUGUUGGUACUUUGGUGUCUGCGCCGGUAGUCUUUUAGGAGUCACCGUCAUGGCUUAUAUACAAGAUACAUUUGGUUGGGUUCUCGGUUUUGCAAUCCCAACCGCUUCCAUGUUAUUGUUGAUCCUCUUGUUCCUGUGUGGCUCUGGGGUUUAUGUGUAUGCUGAUCCGGGUCUAGACCUAAAAGCUAAACCAUUUCAACGGAUAUUAGAGUAUAUCAAAGGAGCAGUCUCGAGAAGAAGUAAGAUCACUCUUGUGAACGUCCAUGACUUGAAUGCCAUGGAGCUAGAGCUGCAAGAGAAGCCUCUAUGUAACUGUAGCAACACUGCAUCCACUACUACAAGCAAGACCUUAGCUAAUGAAAAAAGCUGCAAGAACAGUUUCUCAGGCCUCGAAACCGUGAAGCUUUUGCUUCGUCUCUUACCAAUAUGGACCAUGCUUCUAACCUUUGCAGUCAUAUUCCAACAACCAGCAACAUUUUUCACAAAGCAAGGUAUGGCUAUGAAGAGAAACAUCGGACCAAACUUCAAAAUCCCACCCGCAACACUACAAAGCACAAUUACUCUCUCUAUAAUCCUUCUCAUGCCGCUAUACGAUAAGAUCUUGAUCCCAAUAGCCAAGAAAAUAACGAAAAACGAAAAGGGUAUUCCUGUGAUGGAGAGAAUGGGAAUAGGGAUGUUCUUGUCCAUCAUUGCUAUCAUUAUCGCCGCAUUAGUCGAAAGGAAAAGACUAAUGAUAAGCAAGAAGAUGAAGACUUCACCAAACUCUUCAGACCCGUUGAGCAUAUUCUGGCUCUUGCCUCAGUACAUUCUACUAGGAGUCUCGGACAUUUUCACGGUCGUUGGCAUGCAAGAGUUUUUUUACAGCGAGGUUCCUGUUAGGAUGAGAACGAUGGGGUUUGCUUUGUACACGAGCGUGUUCGGUGUGGGGAGUUUUGUGAGCGCUGCGUUGAUCUCGGUCAUCGAGAGUUAUACAAAGUCAAGAGGUGAGAAACAUAACUGGUUUGCUGAUGAUAUGUCGGAAGCUAGACUUGAUAAUUAUUAUUGGCUUUUGGCUUUUACAAGUGGUAUUAGCUUUUUGAUGUAUAUUGUUAUUUGUAAGCAUUUUAAGAGUAGUACAAGUGGUGAUGAUCAAUGA